GCUCAAGACUUCGCUUUAAAGGUAGAGGGAUAUCUUCGAUUAGACUCGUACUCAUAAACGACGACGACGACAACUGAGACUUGGUUUUCCGUUUGUUAACAAGCCAAUAGCUUAUAUUAUACUCUCGCUUUUUAUUUUUCAAUCCAAGGAGGAGGCUUUUACGGAUUUUUUCUUUCUUUAAUUUUGGCCAGUUGUUAUAAAUAUCCAAGAAAUUCAUCGGCUAGAGCUCAGUAGUUUAACACCAACCAGCCAGCGUUUGGUGGUUUCUUGUUGUUCGAAAUUUGUGCAUUAAUUACUCAAGACUCACCACAAUCAGUCGCGGGAAGUGAAUUUGUGUGCUUUUAAUUUUGGUCGACUUAUUUUCGACUUUUAAAAACAAUAAUUGCUUUGCGUGUUUGAUAAUAAUUGGUGCAAAGGAAGAAGACGAUUUAAUUUUAUUUAAAAAAAAAUACAAAAAACAAAACCAUAAAACAACAUUGUUAAAAAAUAAUAUAUUAAUAAUAGAACAGUGUUUGUUAAGAUAGUUAAACAAAAUAACGUGAAAAUUAAAAAUUUUUACAUUGGAGUGCAAUUAAGUAUUUUUAUUGAACGAUUUAUUAAGGAACACAAAUUAAUUUUUUGAUAGUGAGCCACUGAACUGUAUUGUUUUGUGAUCUAUUUUUUAAUAUUUUUAAAUUAUUUCGGAAGGUGCUUUUUGGAAUAUAUACAUUUAAAGGACAAAACAUUUAUUUUAAGAUGGCAAUCUCCACUGCGCUCGUGUUGCUGCUUAUGCAAAGCAUACUUUCAGCUCAUGCAGUUAAAGUAUCUACAGCUGAUUACAAUGUCAUUCACGAAAAUCCAAGCAACGACUUCACAGGCUACACUAUCCAGCAGCCAGAAUUGUUUCACGCCCGAGGCUAUCCAAGACCACUUCCCCCACCAGCAUCACAUUUCGAAGUCUCGUCACAGCCACCAAAUCCGUUUGCUGCCUUCGCUAGUCCCUACGGACCGACAUUUCCAAUGCCUGGUUCUGCUGCUUGUGGUACUGCUCCACCAGCCUGUGGAGAGCUGCCCUAUCGAACACUAGAUGGUUCUUGCAACAAUUUGGGAAAUCCUCAAUUGGGCAUAGCUAAUUCCAAAUACGGACGGCUAUUGUCACCCAAAUAUAGUGAUGGCAUCCAGCAGCCAACUCGAUCGGUUACGGGAGAACCAUUGCCUAAUGCCAGACUUGUGUCUUUGGUGGUUUUCGGGGAGCUUGAUGUUCCCGAUCCAGACUUUACCCUCGUCAACAUGCAAUGGGGUCAAAUUAUCACUCACGAUAUGAGUAUGCAAGCUGGUGGAACACAAUCAAAGAAGCACACAAUCUCAUGUUGUACACCAGAGGGUCGAUUGGUGGGCAAAGGCGUUGCUCACAAGACAUGUUUCCCCAUUGUGAUUCCACCCCAUGACCCAGCUCAUUCGCAAGUCGGCACUGAAUGCAUGGAAUUCGUUCGAACUCUCACCGAUCGUGAUAUCAACUGCAACUAUAAUGGAGGAGCAGCAGAACAAUUGACAGCUGUCACCAGCUUUAUGGAUCUUUCUCUAAUUUAUGGUAAUUCGAUUGAACAAAAUAGAGUUAUCCGAGAAUUCCAGGGUGGCAGGAUGAUUGUUGAAGAGCGGAAUGGUGGUCAAUGGCUGCCAAGAACACCAAACGUCACUACCGACUGUGACGUUCAGGAUGCCAAUGAAGUUUGUUACUUGGCUGGUGACAUUCGUGUCAAUCAAAAUCCCGGCUUGACAAUUCUUCACACUGUUCUCAUUCGCGAACAUAACCGCAUUGCUGGCGAAUUGUCAAAAUUGAAUCCCCAUUGGAGCGACAGAGUUCUAUUCCAGGAGUCCAGAAAGAUCAAUAUCGGACAAUUUCAGCAAAUUAGCUACUACGAAUGGCUGCCUAUCUUUUUGGGCUGGGAAAAUAUGUUGAAGAAUAGAUUGAUUUAUAAGGCACCAGCAGGAAGUCAUGUUAAUGAUUAUGAUCCAAGCAUUGAUCCAGCUGUGCUGAAUGAACAUGCCACCGCUGCUUUCAGAUAUUUCCAUUCGCAGAUUGAAGGAAGAUUAGAUUUAAUCUCAGAGCUGAGAUCUGUUCUUGGUUCAUUGCGUCUUAGUGACUGGUUCAAUCGUCCUGGUAUUAUUGAGGUUGGUGAUAAUUUCGAUUCAUUGACAAGAGGUUUGGGAACACAACCAGAAGAAUUGACAGAUAUUAACUUUGACAGAGAGAUCAAACAUUUCCUCUUCAGAAGGAACAUGCCAUUUGGUGGCGAUCUGAGAGCAAUUGAUAUUCAACGUAAUCGUGAUCAUGGGCUUGCAUCCUACAAUGAUAUGAGAGAGUUUUGCGGAUUAAAGAGGGCAAAUUCAUGGAAAGACUUUACCGAUCUUAUUGACAACGAUGUGGUUGAUAAAAUGCAAAAUCUUUAUGCAACUCCUGAUGACGUAGAUCUAACUGUUGGGGGUUCAUUGGAAUCACAUGUAGCUGGAGCCCUAGCUGGACCGACUUUCUUGUGUAUUCUUACGGAACAAUUCUUCAGAACUCGUGUUGGCGAUCGAUAUUUCUUCGAAGGUGGUGACAGAAUCACUGGAUUUACUAAGGAACAACUUGAAGAAAUCAGAAAGGCCAGUAUGGCUAGACUGAUGUGUGACAACGGUAAUCACAUUACAUCAAUGCAACCAAGUGCUUUUGUGACAGUUUCUAAGGCAAAUCCAAUCAUACCGUGUGAGGAAAUUCCAGCAGUAGAUCUGUCAAAAUGGAUUGACAGAAGUUCUCAUGGUUCCAAUGGUUAUUCCCAUCCUCAACCUGGUUACUAUGGACCACAUUUGAAAAAGUAAGAUUCAAAACGAAGAUGUAGAAUAAUUUAGUCUAAGAAUGUGUACAUAAAAAUAUCCGAUAUUCAUUUUUUUGUAAAUUUGAAAACAUAAAGAAAACUCUUCCAUAAACAGAAACAGAAUGUAAUAGUUUAUCCAACAUUGUA